CCUCCUCCUAGCACUUCAAUUCCGGCUCGUCGUCGGUCUUCAGCCGCCUCCUCCACUCGCCAUGGACCCUAACUGCUCCUGUGCCACAGAUGGCUCCUGCUCCUGCUCCGGGUCUUGCAAAUGCAAAGAGUGCAAAUGCACCUCAUGCAAGAAAAGCUGCUGCUCCUGUUGCCCCGUGGGCUGUGCGAAGUGCUCCCAGGGAUGCAUCUGCAAAGAGGCUUCGGACAAGUGCAGCUGCUGUGCCUGAAGUGGGACCCCCUCAGCCGCGUGUAAAUAGAGCAAUGUGUAGAAACCUCAUUUUUUUUACAACCCUGGCCUAUUCUCCACACCUAUGAAAGCAUGUAACUGAUAAUAAAAAGCGUUGACUUAAA